AUGGGCGCAACGCCCGGCCCGAACGGGCGCUCGCCCAGGUGCAAGCGGACCCGGGAGGGCACCGGAACAGGGGAGGCCAGUGGCCACGGCGUGGCCAUGGUCGGAGCGGGGCGAGGCCACGGUGGUGCGCGGCCAGCCGCCGGAGGUGGCGCAGAGGGGCGAGGCCACCGUGGCGACGGGGCGCUGCAGCCCGACUGGUCCCUGGCGUCAGCGGGGGCGGAGGAAGGCGUCGGCCAGGGCAAGGGACAGAGGAGGCGCGGACGUGGGCGCGCGGGAGGAGCGGAGCAGCAGCGGCGGGACAGGGGCGGCCGGGGUGAGGCCACGACGGGCGCAGGCCUCGGCGGCCAGAGUGAAGGAGGGGGCCGCGGGGGCGCGGGCCGGCUGCCAGGUGCGGGUGUGCACGACGGGGCAGAACGGGGUGAGGCCGGGCGGAGCUGCGGGAGGAGGUGCGGUGGCGGGGCGGCCAAACGCACGAGCAGGGGCGGAGAGGAGCGCCGGCGGCGGGGCGAGGCCGGCGCGCGGCUGAUGCGGACGGGCAAUAGCGGCGGUGAGCGGGGGAAGCGGAGGAAGGCGGAGCCUCACCGCGGGGCGUAG